AUGGCCCAUCCACGCGAUAAUCGUACACGGCUAGAUGGUGCAAAGGCAAAUCCAUUCAGGGAGUACGCACGGAGAGCUCGCCAGGUCGUUCGGAGACCUGAUCGUUAUAUAACUGUGGAACCAGCAGAGUUAGAUGUGCGAAAUGAUUUCGGAAGGGAACAUCGAGGACUAGCCCAUUUCUUGAGACGUGUGAGGAGACUGACCAGUCCGCCACCGUUAUUACGAUCACAACAACUGUCUGCCAUGUCUGAACAUUCGACAACCAGGAGACCGACUAACCCACUACCACCAACGGCACAACAUUUACUCGCUAUGUCUGAAGCACCUACAACCAGGAGAGCGGCUAGUCCGUCAGCAGAAAAACAGCGGUUCGUCGUAUCCCGACCAUCUAUGGCCAGCCUACAACUGUCAUCAGCAUCACAGGGGCGGCUCGCCGUGUCGCAAUCUUCGAUAGCCAUGAGAUCGGCUGGCUCACCACAGGUACAACAACAUUUCGCGGCGCCACAACCUUCAAUAGAUAGGAUGUCGGCUCGCCUAUCAGCAGUACAGCAGCAGCUUGCACCUUUGCCAUUCAAUCCCCCUUUAUAUAGACGCCCGACAGAACUAGAUAUACAAUUAGCUCGUAUAGAACAUGAGCGAGCGCAGCAGGCCGAUCUCAAAUAUCAGCUCGCUAUUCAGAUUCAAUACAAUGAGGUACUGUGGAGACAUGGCAUAGGACAAGCGAUCGGACAUGAAGCGCCUGUACGAUACAAGGGACCGGUACGAAAUCCGUCUGCACGUGGGUCGAUGUUCCGCGCCCGACAGCCCGAGCCGAUGGGCCUUACAGAGCGGAUUGUAACCAACGUGCUAAAGUCCAGAGGAUAUCCACCGCGGCGUCCGCAGACAACUGAGAAUUCUCGUCCAAAUCAAAUCGAGAGUAUUGCAGACUCGCAGACCAUGUCCCCUCCAGCAGUACACCAGAGCAGGGCCGAAGUUCCUUCUCCUCUGCCCAAAACAAUGACGGGAGUGGUUUCAAACCGAACUUCUUCAACAGACAGCCCCCAACCUAGCGGAAUAACAAACAACUGCAGGCCAAGAGAAAGGGAAAAUAUCGCAGGCUCUGAGAUGAUGGAACACAGGGGAGCACGUCAUAACCCGGGAAUAGUUCCGAGCCAGUUCCAGCCGGCGCCACAGAGGACUGGGAAUGGUGAAUCAUCGGUAGACUUCCGCUAUCGAGUUUCAGUAUCAGAGACUUUUGGUCAGAAAUCAAUCCAAUCAUACGUCCAGCUCAGCAGCGAAAGGCCCAGUCCACCUCCGGUCAAUAGCAUUACACAAAAUAUGCAUUUUCGAACUAGAGAUGUGAGUAGCCAAAAGAGACAUACACAAGCGGAGCAGAGUGUUCAUAUCCCAGUACAGCGUGUGCUUGAGACAAUCCAAAUCCAAGAAGCUCAGACUCAACAAUCUAUAGGAUCAAAGCGAUCUGGGGAUAGGCCGACUGGGAUCAAAACUUUACCAGGUACAGGGGAGGCAAACGCCAGACGCAGGCCCAUCGGGGUCAAAACUCUACCCGGUACAGAUGAGGCAAACGCUGGACGUAGGCCCAUAGGGGUCAAAACUCUACCUGGUACAGUUGAGGCAAACGCUAGACACACGCCCAUCGGGGUCAAGACUCUACCCGACACCGAAGAGUCAAAGGCUAGACACAGGGCUCUAGGGUACAAGCCCUUACCUCGCAUGGAUGAGGCUAAGGUUGAACACAAAACUUUAGGGGAUGAAACUUUACCUAGUACAAGGGAGGACCAGGAGAACGAGGCCAAGGAAAAUAUAACCACCACGAGAGGCUUAGUCUCUGGGCUGAAUGAGCAACAAAUAGAGCGCCCUAGAAGAAAGAAAGGCUCAUCAGAUGUCCAAACCAGGGCUGUCAGACAACAAGCCAGUUCGCAAGCCAGUUCGCGGGCCAGAACACACCAAACAAAGGACAAACGCAGAGAGGAAAGUUUACCCGGUACAGAGGAGGAUCAGGAGGGUAAGGCCAAGACCGAUGAUAAUAUAACCACCGCGGGAGGCUCAGUCUCUGGGCUUAAUAAGCAACCAACAGAGCGGCCCAGAACGAGAGGCUUAGCAAAUGUUAGUACCAUGGUUACCAGACAGCGAGCCAGUUCGCAGGCCAGAACAUUCCAACCAAAUGACAAACGCAGAGAGGAAAUUUUACCUGGUACUAAGGAAGGCCAGAAAACCGAGGAUAAUAUAACCUCCGAGCGAGGCUCAGUCACUGGGCUUAGUGGGCAACCAACAGAGCGGCCCACAACGAGGGGCUUAUCAAAUGUCAGUACCAUGGUUACUAGACAGCUAGCCAGUUCGCAGGCCAGGACAUGCCAAACAAAAGACACACGCGGAAAGGAUAAUACAACAAAUGAGCAGGCCACCGCUCCAAAACCUAACAAAGGCCCUGCCAAGCGCAAGAGAACGAGAGAGCCUUCCAACGCCAGUCAAUCAAAGAAAGCAAAGACAGAUUGA